GCUUGGUGCUGGUGUGUAUGAUCCAAUAACGUCAACAUCAUCUGUGAUUACUUUUCAUGUUUUUCCUGUUACUGUUGAUUAAUUGAACUACAUUCAGUAAUUUAUCAAAGAAAACAUGGCAGAUUCAUUAGCAAGUUUGAGUGCUCCGGAUUUUAAUGCAGAAAAAUUUGUAAAGGAAGCUUCGCAGCAUUGCAUUGGAGGACAAGAACUAGUCCUGCUCAGAAAAAAGAUCCAUGGGCGUCUAGAGGAAACUAAUGACAAUUUAAAGAAAAAUGUCUACCAGAAUUACAUGCAGUUUAUUGACACAGCAAAAGAAAUUUCCCAUCUGGAAAGUGAGAUGUAUCAGUUGUCCCACUUGCUAACAGAACAAAGAUUACUGCUUAAUUCAUUGUAUAAUACAAGUAUUUUGGGUGAUGAAGCAAGUGCUCCAGUUGAAGCUGAAGUUGCACCAGAAGAUAAAAGUGAAGAGCAAGAAGAAGAGAUUAGGAGGCAAAAAAUUGCCACUGUUUUAGAAAAAGUUGAAGGGGCAUCAGCAUUCAUAGACAUACCAAAUAUUACACUUUUGCAUGAAGGUUUCCUCUCGGAAUUGGAUUUUGUUGAAAACACUCCAAUUAAAAGUGUUGUGGGCUUUCUAUUUUCUGAAGGAUUGAUGUUGGCAUGUUCCAAUCCAGGAAAAACUGGAAAACGUUAUAAAUUAGAUGCAUAUUAUGAAUUGGGAAGUCUCGCAGUUGUCAACGUACGAGAUUUAGGAAACGUGAAAUUCGCAUUCAAAGUUUUAGCUUUUCCUGACUCUAGACUCUUUCAAUGUAAGAGUAAUGCAAGCAAAAAAGAUUGGAUUGAUAAGUCUGAUCAAGCGAAAAAAACGCGUUUGGCGCAUGAUCAACUCAAACGUGAGUCUACAAUCGAAAAAUCUCCAUCGCGCACAGCUUCCAUAGAUACACAAAGCCUCAGCGUGAAUGUCGAAGAAGAAGAUGAAGUAUUCGAUCACCCUGAUUGGUUGCUCGAAGUCCCGGAAGAGUUGGACGUGUGUGUUGCCCAGCGCCAUUUUGAAGACGCAUUGUCUUUACUACAGAAAGCUAAAGAUUACAUCAACGCGUACAAUCAUCAAGCCGAUCAUAUCCUAGCGGAUAUUCAACGUAAAGUUGACCAAAGAAGUGUGCAUUUGAUUGAAGUCCUGAUGAAAGAACUUGAAGUCAAUCCCAAUAAAUCAUUGCAAGGUGGUUUGAGAGCUGCAAGACGCGCAGUUAGGCUACUCAAUCAACUUGGAUGCGCAACACAAUCAUGCGAUUUGUUUUUGAAGUUAUGCAGCAGUAUGUUGAAGACACAAUGCAAACGGGUUAAACGUGAAGGGUCUAUUACUGUGUAUAUUCGGUAUUUAUCUAGUGCAGUAUUUACUAAUUUGUGUCACAUGACAGAGGAGUUUCUGCGCGCGUUUCCUGAUUCACCAAGUUGCGCAUCAGCUUAUGCUGUGUGGGCAAGUAGUGAAUUAUCUUUAUUCACGACACAUUUUAUUAAGCAAGUGUUUGUGCCACAGACACCUAUGUCAUCUAUAACUGAAUGUGUUGCUUUGGUGCGCUUCCAAUGCGAAAGAUUGUAUUCAUAUGGAAUCGAUUUAUGUUAUCAACUUGACGGAGCACUGCGCACGCCGCUUUCCCGAGCUUUAAAAGACGCUAGAGACAAACAAGUCGACGCCAUUAAACUGCGCGCAGUCGAAGACAAGUGGAUCCCCUUGGACAUGCGCACAAAAUCAGCUCUGGCGAGAUUUAUCCAGGAGUACAACGACAUGGGCAUGAAUCUCACUGCUUAUGUGACUGGCGACUGUUGGUUACAAUUAACAUCCAACACUAUAACAUUCACAAAGCUAUAUCUUGCUUUCCUGGAUGAUUGUUUACGCUUGCAGACUUCUGAUCUUUUGCAUACGAUUGAUGAAUCCCUAUAUAUUGUCUUCGAAGCACAAAUACGAUAUAUUGAGCAAUCAUUACGCAAAGAAACACAAAAUGAAAUGCGAAAGUUUAUAACAAAAAACACCGAUUUUCUGUUAAACACUUUCCUGAAUCACGUCCAGACGAAAUACGAGGAGGCAAAUCAAUUCCCAUGCGGCAAACUGCACAGUUUGAAGAAGGAGAACGCGGCUUUAUUGCAGGGCAUCUCGCCGACAAAGCGUAACAUCACUAAAUAUUCCUCCAGCGAAUAUUUAUAAUCAGAGGUAAUACGUUUUCAAUUUCUAGCUUUAUGUAACAACAGACACACAAAAACAAAGAAAACCAUCUGCGUUAUUCGCAUGAUUCGCGCAAGUGUAAUCGUUUAAGGAGUUAAAAUUAUAAAUAAAUUAUGCAUUCUAAA